AGCAGAAUGAGCACCUCACAGGAACAGAGUGGAUGCUCCAGUAAUCGAGAGCUGCUUUUGAGAUGUUGUGAUGCACAAAGAGAUUUGGAACUUGCUAUUGGUGGAGUUCUACGGGUUGAACAGCAGAUUAAAGAUAAUCUCCAAGAGGUGAAAGCUAAAAUUCAUAGUUGCAUAAGUCGUCACCUGGAAUGCCUUAGAAGCCGUGAGGUAUGGUUGUAUGAACAGGUUGACCUCAUCUAUCAGCUUAAAGAGGAGACACUACAGCAGCAAGCUCAGCAGCUCUACUGGUUAUUAGGUCAGCUCAGUUGCCUUACUCAUCAGUUGGAGUGCUCCCAAAACAAAGAUCUAGCCAAUGAAGUUUCUGUGUGCUUGGAGAGACUGGGCAGUUUGACUCUCAAACCAGAAGAUUCAACUGUCCUCCUGUUUGAAGCUGACACAACUGCUCUACGUCAGACCAUCACUACAUUUGGAUCCCUGAAGACCAUGCAAAUUCCUGAGCACCUGAUGGCUCAUACUAAUUCAUCAAGUAUUGGAACUUUUUUGGAGAAAAGAGGUUACGUUCCGGUGCUGGAGCAGAAAUCAUCGUCCAGCACCACAGCUGUCCCUCUGAGUGAAUGGCUCCUUGGAAGCAAACCUGCUAAUUUGCAUCAGGCUCCUUAUGUUCCUAGCACCAAUCCCCAGGACUGGCUCACCCAAAAGCAAACCUUGGAGAAUAAUCAGACUUCUUCUAGAGCUUACAAUGUCUUCAAUAAUGUCUGGGUUGACCAAAAAGACUUAGAAAACUGGCUUCUCAGGAGUCUGCAACAAGAAGUUCCUGAAAAACAGAAUUGCCAAAAAGACAACAUUUGUUCCACUAGUUCUUUCUCCACUGAAGCUGAAAAAGUUGGAGAACUUGAGCUUCUUGAGCAAGAGGUAGACCUUUCUGAUUGGCUCUUGACUCCUCAGGAAUGCUAUAAGCUGGAGAAACCUGAGAGUGGCAGCUAUGAAGCCAGUCAGGUGUGGAGAAAGCAGAUGGCCAAGCUGCUCCAAGGCCCCGUGUUUGCAGAGCACAGAGCCGUGACGGGACAGGUGACAAAAAGAGGAUGCAUCUACAACCAGAAGAUAAAAUAG